UUCAGUUGGUGGACCCGUUCUGAGUUUCCGGUAUGGUGCAUGUCGCCUUUUCCCUCGCAGCGCUUGUUCUGUAGUUGGAUUUUUGUUUUGUUUGAAUCUUAAGCUACAAAACACCACAACUGGAUAAGAAUCACUUAUAGCAUUUCACUGAAGGAGGAGAUACAACGAAGCCGCCAAGAUGCCGCGAAUUAUGAUUAAAGGAGGCGUCUGGCGCAACACUGAGGAUGAGAUCCUCAAGGCAGCUGUAAUGAAAUAUGGGAAAAACCAGUGGUCCCGUAUCGCUUCCCUGCUGCACCGAAAGUCUGCCAAACAGUGUAAAGCCCGAUGGUACGAGUGGUUGGACCCCAGUAUCAAGAAAACAGAAUGGUCCAGAGAAGAGGAGGAGAAGCUGCUUCACUUGGCCAAGCUGAUGCCCACCCAGUGGAGGACCAUUGCUCCUAUUAUAGGAAGGACUGCUGCUCAGUGUCUGGAACACUACGAAUACCUGCUGGACAAAGCAGCUCAAAGAGACAAUGAGGAGGAAGUGGGAGAUGAUCCCAGAAAGUUGAAACCAGGAGAAAUUGAUCCCAAUCCUGAAACAAAACCUGCCAGACCUGACCCUGUGGAUAUGGAUGAAGUUAAGGGUUUCUAUGACACCAGCAUGGAGCAGUAUGAUGCUCAGGAGCCUAAUUUCAAGAGGCUCAGACAGCAGCACCUGGAUGGGGAAUUACGCAAUGAGACUGAAGAGAGGGAGAGGAAGAAAGAUAAACAGAAGAUAAAGAAGAAGAAGGAGAGUGACUUGCCAUCUGCCAUCCUGCAGACCAGCGGAGUGGCUGAGUUUACCAAAAAACGUUCCAAACUAGUGUUACCCGCACCACAGAUCAGUGAUGCCGAGUUGGAGGAAGUUGUCAAAUUGGGUGUCGCCAGUGAGGUCGCCCGUCAAGCUGCCGAGGAGAGUGAAAGCGCUAACUCCGCCUCCUCCACCCUCCUCUCAGAAUACAGUGUCACCAAUACCAUGGCAACAGGCCUACGGACCCCACGAACCCCUGCUGCUCAGGACAGAAUCAUGCAGGAAGCUCAGAACCUGAUGGCUCUGACUAACAUCGACACCCCUCUGAAGGGAGGCCUCAACACCCCGCUGCAUGAGAGCGACUUCAGUGGAGUGACGCCUCAGCGCCAACAGAUACAAACGCCCAACACUGUUCUCAGUACACCAUUCAGAACUCCUGGUCCAGGUCAGGGGUCAGAUGGCAUGACACCUCAAGUCGGAGGUGCGAUGACUCCACGUGUGGGAGGGACUCCAGGUUUAACUCCCGGCCGUACGCCACUGAGAGACAAACUGAAUAUUAACACAGAGGAACAACUGGCUGACCCGGCAUAUGCUAAACACACGCAAAGGGAAAGCUUGCAGCACCUGCGACAGGGUCUGAUGUCACUUCCUGUCCCUAAGAACGACUUUGAGAUCGUUCUUCCUGAAAAUGCUGAGAAAGAACUCGAAGAAACCGAGACUGAGACGGGAUUCAUAGAAGACUCUGCAGAUGUAGAAGCACGCAAGCAGGCCCAACGAGACGCUGAAAGAGAGAAGGAGUUGAAAUUGCGGCACACUGCUGUUCAGAGGAGUCUCCCCAGACCUACUGAGGUAAACGAGUCUGUUCUCCGUCCCACCUCCAUGGAGCCACUCUCUGACCUCCAGCAGGCCGAAGAGCUCAUCAAACAGGAAAUGAUCACCAUGCUGCAUUUUGACUGCUUGCAUCACCCUUCAGCCAACGCUGCCAAUCAGCUGCAGCGCGGCAAAAUCCGAGGCCCCACGUCUACGUCUAACAACGCAUCACAUAUUGCUUACCUGGAAAAAACCUCCUACAAGCCAAUUAGCACAGAGGAGAUGGAACAGGCAAAGUUAGUCCUGGCAGGAGAAAUGGAGGUGGUGAAGGGAGGUAUGGGCCACGGUGACCUCAGCAUGGAGGCUUACAGCCAGGUGUGGGAGGAAUGCUACGGACAGGUGCUGUAUCUGCCUACUCAGAACAGGUACACCAGAGCAAACCUGGCAUCAAAGAAAGACCGUAUUGAAAGCCUGGAGAAAAAGCUGGAUGUGAACCGUGGUCACAUGACAGCGGAGGCCAGGAGAGCAGCUAAACUGGAGAAGAAACUGAAAAUCCUGCUUGGAGGAUUUCAGUCCAGAGCACUGGGUCUCCUGAAGCAGCACAGCGAACUCUGGGAACAGGUGGAGCAGGCAGCCACAGAGCUCCAGACCUUCACUCAACUGAAGAAACAAGAAGAUACGGCCAUUCCCAGGCGCCAAGAGACCACUUAG